AUGACCUCAGCGGUGUUGUCGAGAAUGCCUCAGAAUCCGUUUGCUAGUACGACUGCUAACAUCGAGCAGUGCCUGUGUAUAGCUCAAAAGCAGGUUGCUGACGACGAUGACGAAGGCAUUAAGCAGAAGGAAACUGCAAUCAUCGAUCUUGGCAAUAUAUAUGCUAAGCAAAAGAAGGCCAAAGAAUUGGCGGAUCUCAUCCUGCUUACCCGCCCUUUUCUGCAACAAAUUAGUAAGGCCAAGGCUGGUCGUUUGGUUCGAACACUUGUUGAUCUCUUCCUGGAUUUGGAAGCUGGUACUGGGCGAGAAAUCGACUUAAUAAAGGAGUGUAUUGAAUGGGCUGGUAAUGAGCGACGGACAUUCUUGAAACAGGCACUCGAGGCUAGACUAAUGGGCUUGUAUGCUGACAAUGAACGCUAUGAGGAUUCUUUACAACUGGGAAGUACUUUGCUUCGAGAGCUGAAGAAACUGGAUGACAAGAUCCUUCUCGUGGAGGUCCAACUAAUGGAAAGCCAGGUCUACUAUCGAGUUGGCAAUUUGCAGAAGUCACGCGCUGCUCUCACUUCUUCUCGCACGACAGCCAACAGCAUCUACUGUCCUCCACGUCUUCAGGCCGCUCUUGAUUUACUCUCAGGCAUUCUUCAUGCUGCGGAUGAACGUGAUUUUAAAACAGCCUACUCCUACUUUUAUGAAGCCUUUGAGAGUUAUGACUCCAUCGGUUCAAGCAAAGCUGUAGAUGCCUUAAAAUACAUGUGUUUGGCGAAGAUUAUGGUUAAUUGUCCUGAAGAAGUGCCCAUAAUUUUAUCCUCAAAACUGACUGCUGGUUACAAUCAAAAGCCCAUUGAGGCCAUGCGGGAUGUUGCGAAAGCCGCAAGGGAUCGAUCACUUGGCGCUUUCUUGAAUUUGCGAGAGGAGUACAAGAACGAGCUGCUAGGUGAUCCCGUGAUAUCACAACACCUCAACACCUUCUACGACACUCUGCUGGGUCAAAAUUUGACUAAAUUGAUUGAGCCUUAUUCGCGUGUACAAAUCGCACAUAUUGCCAAGCUUAUCAACUUACCCUUGGAAAAUAUAGAGAAGAAGCUCUCCCAAAUGAUUCUAGACAAGCAAUUGAAUGGGAUUCUGGACCAGGGCACAGGAAUGCUAGUGCUUCGUGAUGAGCCCUACGAUGGACGUGAUUACAAAGUUGCCUUGGACAUUGUACAUACCCUGAGCACUAGUUUGGAUCUGCUCUUUCAGAAAGCCAAGAAGCUUGCAUAA